GGCGGGCGGUGGCGCAUGCGCAGGAGAAGGAGGUGCGCGAGCUGCGUGGGCUUGUGCCUAGGCGCUUGUGUUUCGGGGCCUUGUGGUGGCACCGGGGGAGCCGGGCUGGCGACUUUGGCACUCUUGGCGUUGGGUGGGCGGCACCUUGGGGGUCACAUGAGCCAGUGGCAUCAUGCCCGUGGGCGCCGGGGUCGGCGUCGCGGCUUUUCCGGACGUUCGUCGGCCAGGAGGAAGGGCGGAAAGCACAUCCCGGAAAGGUGGGAAGACUAUCUCCCAGUUGAACAGCGGAUGCCUGGGACGCGUUUCAUUGCUGUCAAAGUUCCUUUAAAAAAGAGAUUUGACAAGAAUCUUGCUCCAGAAGAAUGUUUCUCCCCCUUGGAUCUUUUUUAACAAACUCCAAGAACACAACGAAGAACUUGGGCUGAUCAUUGACUCGCCGCUAUUAUAAGCCAGAGGACUCCAACAUUGUAAGACAUACUGCAUGUUUUUCUCUUGACGAUUGUUUAUCUUGAAGCAUCAUGAACGAACUUGACCUGUUGGAUUUUGUGGAGAAACUUUAAAGGGGGUCUGUGAAAAAGGCAUUGCAGUGAGUCACAUUAUGUACCUUUGAGUAAGGAGCAGACAUCUGCCAUCAGCCCAACUUGGCCUGGGUUGCCUCUGUUUCAGUUCCCGUGGUUAGUGCUUUGCUCCCUAACCACUCUUGUGACUGUGAUAAUGUGAGUAAGGGCCGAGUUGCUAAUGAUUUAUACGUGAGGUAAGCUGGUUUGAGGGAGGAAAUCUAUGGAUCUAGUCAUUUUCCUUGGUGGUAAGCUUUCAGGGAGGGGUGCAAAGAUUGAUCUUUCUGGGGACUUUUCUAGUACCAGGAAGAUGUCCCAUAGAUGGGACCUCCAAAGACACACAUUUAAUUUUUAGGCCUGUUUUUCCUAUUAUGAGAUACGAGUUUUUUCACUGAUGGGGAUGAUGCUUAUCUGAGAAGAAACGGUGAAAGGUGUUGUUAGUAUAGAGAUGUGGCUUAAGCUUUUAAGUGUUUUUCAAGGUUUUUCCCCUAAGCUUCCUACUUCAGAUGGCCUACUUACGUGAUACUAGUAUGUGAUGUGAGGCUAACAACUUACUAAAUACCUGCAAGCCAGAUCAGUGUCUCUUUUCUCUAUAUUUCCAUGGAAAUCAAGGGACCCGUAGCCACUGCAGGUUAGGGUGGGCGGUGUGAGAUUGGGGGGAGUGUGGUAAGACACAUUUUGGUAUCAGUAAAAUGUUUACCUAUUAAACUAUGCAGUUCCAACUUUCAAUUCUGUUUAGUUAGGCAAACCCUUAGUUAGGCUUUUCCUGGUUCUGAGCCUAUGUAACUUAUUUUCUCUCCCUAGUUCCAGCCAUUUAACUUUAGCUUGCAGGCUCAGCAUCAUCUUAACCUCUAAAAGAAUCUUCCAUGUAGGAGGAAGAAACUAAAGAGCUCUAUUUCAGCAGUUAGGAACAUGAGGCCCUACCCUGACCGAAACCUUUAUUCUUACAGUUAGGGUAUUGUCUUGUCCCAGCAUUUUGAACCCAUCAGGUUGACUGAGACAUGUCUUGGUGUAACAUCCCCAGUUCGUCUACCCCGAGGCUGUCCUUAAUUCCUCCCAUUGUCACAUUUUGAUUUAAUUAAAUACUGGAAUCCCUCAAACCCUUGCAUGGUACCUGAGGCCCUAUGGGAUACUGGUAGAUUUUGUUAGUGUCAAAUACUUCGCUGUCUGAUUCUCCAAAUAUCCCUUGCUCCUAGAUUUUCCGUCCCAGCAUACUACAUACCCAUUAAGGCAUUGUUUCAUCUCAUGUUGGACCCACUCCCAUCCAGAGGCCUACUCUUUGCUAGUUCGCAUACUUUCUGGAAACCCCGUUAUGGCCAGGUCUGGACUUUUUUGUGUUCCCACCCAAAGCCUGUAUCUUUUAGCAAGCUGGAACUAUAAGACCAACAUAGAUUUUCUAGUUUCCGAUAGAUUUAUGUCACAAUUUAUACGUUGUCAUGUCUAUAGAUAUUUGUAUCAUUUGUACUUUUUGGCCAUUACAUGCCCAUUGGAUAUUUUUCAUAAAUUGCAAAAGAAUAUUUUAUGACUUAGCACCAAAUUGAAUGUGCCUAAUUGUAAGUUUGUAAACUAGGUUGUGCUAACUUGUAUCUUUUCUUUAUCCAAGUAGUAAUUGACUACUGUUGUCCCAUUUGUAAGUAUGUGGAAGUUUUCAGAAUUGUAAAUAAAUGUUUGUGGAUUGAAA